GCUUUUAUCGAAAACAAGGAAACAGGAUGAGUUCUUGGAAAAAGAUGGUAAGCUCGUACAGCGUAUAGUAUAAGCGAAUGUAUAUUCGAGUGUUAAUGUCUCUAGCUUUUAUUAUUUACGAGAUCACUGCGCUGAUACAGAAAGGGAGGCACUAAGGGGAACAGACGGAUAUGGCUAGAUCGACUCUACACGUCAUCCUGAUCAAGAAUACAUAUACUGCCACGACUUCUCCUCCCGUUACAUAUAUUUUCACAAAAACAACCCAUUUUCAAUAUAAAAAUUUUGGGUGUAAAAAGUAAGCCAGUUAUACAAUGUUAUCUGUCUUUAAAUAUUUAUAUAGAAAAUCAAAAAAGUUAACGAACAUUGAGCGGCUCAUGUGUGAGUUCGUGUGUACUGCAAUUUUAAAAGAGCACAGAGUGACUGACUGACUGUUUACUGAAAUAAACAGGACAACAUUGUAAAAACGAUUAUAACUGUUGACAGACAAAAAUGAUUGUGGAUUUUAUUGCUGGCCUACUUGGAGGUGCCGCGGGGGUACUUGUUGGACAUCCAUUCGAUACAGUAAAAGUUCACUUGCAAACUGAUGAUCCAAAGAAUCCAAAAUAUAAAGGAACACUUCAUUGUAUGAAAACAAUUUUACUGGUAGAUAAUGUUCGUGGCUUAUACCGUGGAAUUUCCAGUCCAAUGAUGGGUAUCGGUCUUGUUAACGCGAUAGUAUUUGGAGUGUAUGGCAAUGUACAAAAGUUGUCUGAAAACCCAAAUUCCUUGAUGACCCACUUCAACGCUGGAGUAAUAGCUGGUAUAGCGCAGAGUUUUAUAUGUGCUCCAAUGGAGUUGGCGAAAACCCGACUUCAGCUGUCUAAUCAUAUUGAUGGCCAGCACAAAUUUAAGGGACCUAUUGACUGCCUGUUAUAUAUACAAAGAACUGAAGGUAUCCGGGGAACAUUUAAAGGACUUUUGGCGACUGUACUAAGAGAUAUUCCAGGCUUUUCCAGUUACUUUGUUUCAUAUGAAUUUUUAAUGCAAUUACAAGAGAAGCCGAGUGUGCCGUAUGUGCUAAUGGCAGGAGGCUGUGCAGGAAUGUCAUCCUGGUUAGCCUGUUAUCCUAUUGAUGUUGUCAAAACACAUAUGCAAUCAGAUGCCCUUGGAAAUCAAGCUAAAUAUAAUGGGUUCAUGGACUGUGCAAUAAAAAAUUAUAAAAAAGAGGGAAUCCCGUUUUUUUACCGCGGGCUAAAUUCAACACUAAUACGAGCGUUUCCCAUGAACGCUGCAUGCUUUUUUGUAGUUGCAUGGGUAUUAGAAUUCUGUAAAAAAAAUGGAAUCGAUAUGAUCGAAAGCCCGAACCAAAAUCUUAAUGUUGUUAACUUAGACAACUGGAGUCAUGCUUACAUUCAAAACGAUUUUGGCAAAGAUGACGAACUCGUGCGAAAAAUAAUUUCUGAGAGUGAAUUAGAGCCCCGCGAAUCAUCACAUGAGUCGUUAAAUGGCAGUUUUUUAGAUAACUACCAUAUUGAUAAAAUGUAUGAUAGUAAAAUACAAAACUCGCAAUUGAAUAUGAAUAAUACUUCAAAUCAAUCAUAGUUAGAAUUAUAUGCAAUUUUAUGAAUAAAUCGAAUCAAUUAAAAAUCAUUUUCAUCGUCAUUUAACA